UAUUUACUUUUCAGUCAUUCCUUCGCGAGGUCUCAAAGAGAGUGGUCGUGUUUAAAAUAUAGUACAAAUAUAUUCGCGAGUGAAAAUGGGGUGCUUAAUAAAUACAGUGAUAGUUUUCCUACUUGUUGGUUUGACGAAGUCUUCAACGCACACCUACAGAGCUGGGAUCGCGAGCAGCACCCAAUGCAGCUUCGAUGCGUGCGCGCAGCUCGUCCAGAAUGCGGCUAAAGCUAAUGUUGAUAUACUAGUGCUGCCAGUCCCUGAAGAUAUAUCCAGAUCAGUUCAAACAGAUCAUUUUGAUGAGGCAGUGAAAGUAAUCUCGGGCUUAGCGAAGGACAACAAAAUGUACAUCGUGUCACAUUUGUUGGAGAAGGUGCGAUGCCAGGAGAAAACUGAAAUUAUCAGGAGUAACCUGGCGUUCGAUCGUGAAGGGAGCGUCGUUUCUAUCUAUAGGAAGCCACUGGACCCCACUGCCACCUGUAACGUCACGGCCACCGAAACCACCUUCGUAACUGACUUCGGUGUCACAUUCGGUUUGCUGAUGCCAGAGGAUUUGGUGCUGAGUAAUCUGCAGGGGAAGAACUAUGUAGUGGCUGGGGAGUGGGGAUCAGAGAUUCCAGCUCUUGCAGCUCCUCAAUUCUUCAAAUCCUGGGCCUUCACCACCAAUGCCAACAUGGUGUCGUCUUCCGGGAUAUUCUCUGGGAAGGCUGGAGAAACUGGCCAUGGAACUGACUUCGUUGUCGCUGAACUGAAGAAGGAUGGAAAAGACGCCAUCAACACUCCUAUCGCCACCACAACUCCAGACGUUCAGGACCUGAGCCAGUACACCAUCAAGCCCCUGGACCUUACAAACCAGGAUGUGCGGGAGACGGUGUGCCAUGGACAGUUCUGCUGCCAGUUCCAUGUCAAGACCAGUGCCUCCGGACCAAAAGGCUUGAAUUUCGGCCUCGCCGCGUUUGAAGGCGUCCGGCAUUACGGAGGUGGUCAAAACAUCGGCACACAGGAGUGCGCUAUUCUGCCCUGCGUUGGAAGCUUCAAGACUUGCGAUAUUGGAUCCAUGAACAGCACCAACAUCAUAUUCGACGAAAUCUCCAUCACUGCUAACUUCAAGCCCGAAGAAUCUGCUCAGUUCCCGAUCAUCCUGUCAACUGACACACUGUCAAACAGCCAAUUCCAAUUUGACAGCAAACAUGAAAACAGUACUAACCAAGUAACUGUCAAACUGUACGAUGCUCAGAAUCUUUUAAAUUUCGGAAUUUUCGGAAGAGAUUUCUCUAAGGAUUAUGUAGAGAAUACUGUGAUCUAUGAUAAUAAUGAUGGUUUGACGUAUAAGAUCUACGAGUACAUUAAUAGUGAUGAGGUUCUAGAGUUCUGUGAUUAUGUCUGGAUCCGAUUGAGGGUACUUAUUUUCGUUGUUUCUAUUUAUGUUUUGGAAAUGAUGUAAAUUAAGUAGGUAUAUUAUUUUUACAGAAUUUCAUUGCGCCUUAUUUUAAAAAUUAAAUAUUUAUUAAAUAAGUGGGUACUUUGUAAUAUGUUAAUGUUUCAACGAAACGCAGUUAACAAACUUGAGAAUUUAGUAAAAAAAAAUCAGUUGGCAUGCUUACGACUGUUAUUACGUAGAUAAACUUUUACCAAAAAAUCAAAUGGCAUGUCUUAAAUUCCUAUUUAUACAUUUAAUUUUAUCCCGUGCCCAGUGUUAUUUGUCGCAAUGUAUUUUCUUGAAGUUUUGUUUAUAAGUCUACUCUUUUAUUUAUCAAAAUAUUUAGGUACCUACCUCGGUAUGCCUGCCAUACAAUUCAUAAAAAAUGUUUUAAUGGUUAUCACACGCGUACUUCGACAUAUUUUUCAAAGCCUAGUAAAAAAAAUACUAAAAUUAAAUUAAGUAUGUUAAAAAAUAUAUUCGAGAAAGACCAAGGUUAGGUUAAAUACCAAUACUUGUACAUAAUUUAUUUCGGUAGGUAACUAUUGUGUUGUUUUGGUAACGAAUGUGACGGUGUUUUUUAAGUCACGUUUUCAUUCACAUUUAAGGCAUUUGUAGUUUAGGUAAGCAAAUUUAAAAAAAAAGGUAUAGGUAUGUAUGUACAUACAAAGACCUCAUUAAUUCAGUGUUUUCCAUUUGGAAACCCCUAAUUGUAUGUUAGCGUAUGCAAAUGAAAAUGAAAAUGACUAGGUAUGAUAUUCUAAGAAUUCUGAUUUAAGAUUUUAAAGUACUUACUUGUAAGUACUUAGUUAUCAUAAUGAAUAAAACUUUCAUUUUGUAACAUUUAAGAAUACCUAUGUCCAUAAACAUAUGCUUCAUACGUAGCAUGUACAUACAUGCUACAAAUAAUGUUAUGUUAAUCCUAUGUAUUGAGUAGGGAAAAGUACCCAUUAAUAGCACUUGCACCUCUUCGAUAAUCGGCACGGUAAUCCUUAACGUAGAUCCUGCAGAAAGUUGAUACCAAAGUUUGGUGCCAAUUAAUGGGUAUUUUACCUUACUUUUUUUUUGUAUCUGAAAAUAUUAAGUUAAGUCAGCUGUGUAAAUGGUGAGGAGUGUUUUUAUGGUAAACGACUGAAUACUGUGAUAUUAGAUUAUUAGAUCCUAUGCAUGGGUGGAAAAUAAAGAUCGUUUAACAUUUAUA